AUGAAUAUGAACACAGGGUUAAAUUAAACUAAUUAUAAGGGGUUGUAGAAUAUGACACCCUCAGAUAUAGACUUUAAUUAGUACUAAUAAUCUAUUGAAAAUAUAAUAAAGAAUAAUUAGAUUGGAUUUAAGUACAAAGAAUAAUUGGAUCAAAAGGCGUAAAGAAUUAUUAAAACAAUUGAAUUCUACUUAGCAAAACUUAGAUAAUAUAAUGCCAAUCCCAUUUUAUAUUGUGAAUUUACUUUUAACAAUAAAUUAUAACUUUUUAUUAAAGAACAAAACAUCGUGUAAGAGUUUUUAAAUUAAUUUCCACCUCAUUUAAAUGAUUAAAAAAAUAAAUAAUUAGAUUUGAAUUCCGCUUUAAUUGGAAUAAAGAAUUUUAUUUUAGAACAAUCUUCAGAAUUUAAUAAAUUUGUUUUAUAUAAUUCAUAAUUAUAGGGGGAUAUAUGGAACUAAUCUUUAUAGUAUUUGAAUAAAAAUAAUGUAAAAGAAUCGCAAAAUUUUUUAAAUUAAGCUGAAAAAUAUAGAAGAAAUAUGAUUUAAUAACUAAUAAAAACAGAGAAUUUAAAUGAAUAUGUCGAAUUUUCUUUUUUUAUUGAUAAUUAUGCGAAAUAUUUUGAUUUUAUUUAAAUUUAAGAGAGAAUAGAUAUAUAUCAAUAAUUUAAAUAAUUGCUCAAAUUGUUGAAUUAAAGUUAGGAUGCUAAAAAUUUUACUUCUAGAUUUUUUGCAAAUAACAAUAUAAAAAUGAAAAACCAAACUUAUUAUGUUAACUCGUUAAUCAAUUCCUAAAAUUAAAUUUUAAUUCCAAAAUUUAUAUGGGAUGAUAUUUGUAGAUAUUAACUUUAAGGAUACAUACUUUGUAUAAUGAUUUAAUUAGAAGAGCUUAAUUUAAAUUUUAGUACCAUGCAACAUAUAAUAAAUUAGGAUCAUCUUAGGAAUUGCUAAGCCUAAAUUAAAUAAUGGAAAUUAAGUGUGGAUUGA